AUGGGGGUCUCCGGAGAUGGUCUGCUUGUGAGCAGAUCGCUCCCGACCCAAUGCUCGGUGUUCUCAGCUGAGGCAGCGGCCAUUCUCCACGCGGUUAAGCUACCGGCCAACCGGCCGAUAUUAGUCGUAACUGAUUCACACAGCGUUAUAUUGGCCUUAACAACAGAAACACCGAAGCAUCCGUGGAUCCAUGGGACGGUAAAGGACGCGCCGCCCAACACAGUAUUUAUGUGGGUACCCGGUCACUGCGGGAUCCAAGGGAACCUAAUAGCCGACCACCUCGCCGGCUCAGGCCACACCGGACCCAGGUCCACCGGCAAUGUACCGCUCCAAGAUGUCAAAAAGUUGAUCAAGCGGACGAUUCGGAGAGCCUGGGACACCGAGUGGAGGAACAACAGGACAAACCAUCUUUGGAAGAAUAAGGCGACCACCGGAACCUGGAAGAAUCGACCAAACCUACGAGAACAGCGAGUGGUGUCAAGGCUGCGCACCGGGCACAGCAGAGUCUGCGAAACCUGCGGAGGCCAGCCACCGUGGAGCACAUCCUCGUGA